GAUUUUCUCAGGACACAGAUCUUUUGCGUUCCUAUCAAAUCAUCACCUUACGAGCCGCCACGUGUCCUCGGUAGUACUAGACAGUAGAAUACGUGUUAGGAACGGCAGAGAAGUGAAGCUCAGGGCCGGCUGUGUUGGUGCAAGUGUAGCACUUGGCCUUAGUCUGGGUUGUGUUUUGUCAGGAGAUUACGUGUCAGGAAGGGAAGAGCAUCGACGCUCACUCAGGGUGCCAGGUAGUCUGGGUUGUGCUUUGUGAGGGAGUUGUGUUUUUUGUGCAACACGUAAAGAAUUUCAAGAUGGUUGCGACGAUUGAAGAUUUGCGGGCACAGAGGAAGCUGCUGCCUAUUGCUUGUGCAGAAGGGAGGAUCGUAGAAGAGUUAAAGAAGCACGAUAUGCUGAUUAUUGUCGGAGAAACGGGGAGCGGGAAGACGACCCAAGUUCCUCAGUUCCUUCUCUCUGCGGGUUUCGGCCGCUCCGGACGAAUGAUAGGCGUGACGCAGCCGAGGCGAGUUGCUGCCAUUUCGGUCGCGUCUCGUGUCGCGGCUGAGAUGGGUGUACAUGUAGGGGGUAAGGUCGGUUAUUCCAUUCGUUUCGAGGACGUAACGUCGCCAGCAACGGCGAUAAAGUAUAUGACUGACGGCAUGCUUCUGAGGGAGAUUUUGUUGGAUCGCAGUCUUUCCAAGUACUCUGUCAUCAUCGUCGACGAAGCCCACGAGCGGACGGUCAAUACCGAUGUGCUCUUUGGGCUGUUGAAGAAGCUGAUGAUGGAGCAAAGCUCCUUGCCUGGUUCGGGGGAAAGAGGGGAGGGUAAUGCAGCAGCAGCAGUAAACUCGGCGGCGGCGGCGGCGGUUGCGGGCAAGGACAAGGACAAAAAAAUGGCCGCUAGGGGAGAGGGGGGGGUGUUGUGCGAGGGAGACCUGGGAAGGAAGGGCGACGAGGAGGGAGAGGAGAGGAACACGCAGAAGAACGCGAAGAAGAAUAAGAAGUGGAAGGGCGAAGAGGAGGAAGAGGAGGAGAAGGGAGCAGGAGAGAAAAGGAACACGCAGAAGGAAGCUAAGAAGCAGAAGAAAAAGUUGAAGCGAGAAGAGGAGGAAAAGGAGGAGAUGAAGGGAGGUAAAGGUAGGGGGGAUGAGGGUGGUGCAAUUGACGAACAGCAGGACGUUAACGGCAGGCGCCGCGAUGUGACGGUCGGCGGCGGGAAGCGGCGCGUCGCUCCUCUGAAGCUGAUUAUCAUGUCGGCCACUUUGGAGGUGGGCCGUUUUGCAGAGUUCUUCGCCGGUGCAAGGAUUCUCCACGUGGAGGGAAGGCAGCAUCCUGUGGAGACCCUGUAUACCGCCAAGCCGAUGGAAGAUUACUUGGACGCGGCGAUGGUCACGGCGAUGCAGGUUCACCUUCGCGAGGCUCCAGGCGACGUCUUGGUUUUCUUGACCGGUCAAGAGGAGAUCGAGUCGUUGGAGAGGACGCUGAAGGAGAAGGCCCGCUCGAUGGCCGAGCUACGGAACAUGGUCGUUGUGUCCAUGUAUGCCGCCAUGCCAAGCGAGCAGCAGAUGCGAGUUUUCGAUCCGGUCCCAGCUGGACAUCGAAAGGUCGUUCUGGCGACCAACAUCGCCGAGACGUCCCUAACCAUCCCGGGGAUUCGCUACGUGAUCGACCCCGGGCUGGUGAAAGCUCGAGCAUACGAUCCGAAGGUGGGCGUGGAAUCGUUGAUCAUUGUGCCUGUGUCGAAGGCGCAAGCAAGGCAGCGGGCAGGACGAGCGGGGCGCGAGGCCCCUGGCAAGUGUUACCGCCUCUACGUGGAGGAGGAUUUCUCUCAGCUGGAAGACUCCACAGUUCCGGAGAUCCGACGGUGCAGCUUGGCGAGCGUCAUCUUGCAGCUGAAAGCCCUCGGGAUCGACGACGUCUUAGGGUUCGACUUGAUGGAUAAACCCCCGCGGGCGGCGAUCGUGUGGUCGUUGGAACAGCUCUACGUUCUAGGCGCCCUCACGAACGAAGGCCGGCUGUCCCAUCCUAUCGGCCAGCAGAUGUCGCAGUUGCCUCUGGAGCCGCUGUACUCCAAGGCAAUCCUGACGGCGGCUAAUCACCGCUGCAUUGAGGAGAUGAUAACCGCUGUGGCGAUGCUGUCCGUCGACUCCAUCUUCUACAGUCCCAAGGAGAAGCAGGCGCAGGCGCUGGCGGCGAAGAGGCGGUUCGUGAGCAAGGAUGGAGACCACCUCACGCUUAUAAACUUGUUCAGAUCCUUCGUCGAAGAGGCUUGUCGGGGCUGUGAAGGUGGUCAAGGUCAAGGUCAAGAUCUCCGUAGUAAUCAGGAUGAGAAUCGGGAUCGGGAUCGGGGUUUUGAGAAACAGAAUAGUGAAGAGGAGGAGGAGGAGGAAGAGGACGGGGAGGGGAGGAAGAAGAGCGGGACUCGCAAGGGUGGACGGCGAGAUCGUGCUCAUCUUCCCACCUCUCGCGUUGACGUGGAUGUGGGAGGGGCAGGAGGAGGAGGAGGAGGAGGAGAAAUGAGUGCAGUGCCGCAUAAACAGCAGCAGCAGCAGCGGUACGGUAAGCGCAAGCGGAGCAAAGGUGCUGAAGAGGCCAUAGUGACUUGGUGCCGUCAGCACUUCGUGCAUGCUAGGGCUCUGCGUAAAGCCCUGGACGUUCGGAACCAGUUGCGAGGGUACUGUGAGGGUAUGGGUUUAAGUCUGACGUCCUGUGGCGAGGACUUGACCGCGUUCAGGCGAUGUUUAGCGGCGUCGUUCUUCCUGAACGCGGCUUGCAGGCAUCCAGAUGGAACGUACAGGGCCUUGGGUAGUGGGCAGACGGUCUCCAUCCACCCCUCGUCGGUCAUGUUUGGCGGGAAACCCGAUUGUGUUGUCUUCGACGAAAUGGUCAGGACUAAUAGGUUGUACAUUCGCAACGUCUCCCGCAUCGACUCACUUUGGUUGGUCGAGUUUGCUUCGCAGUAUUAUAGAAGGAAACCCGUGACCAACCAAUCCAACGGCCGGGGAUUACAAGGGCGCCAGUAAACGAAAGAACAAUACACAUUGAUAUCUGCUCCCUCGAAAUAAAGAAGAAACUGUUAAUAAGUGCACUCUGUGUGUGUGUGUGUGUGUGUGUGUGUGUGUGUGUGUCUUUUGUGUGUGUGUGCGCGUGUGCGUGUGCGGCCGUACGGACUCUCGCAUUUUAUAUCUCGUUGGAUGUUCCGUGGGUGUAAAGCAGGAGGAGCUUUCCCUUUUCUGAAGGAGCUUUUAUUAUGUAUGUUUUGUCUGGUAUUAGGUGUUAUUUCGAUGACAUUGCGCUUUGGUC